GCUACUGGAGUCUGAAGUUUGAUGCUAGCAACCGAAAAGACCGAAGAAGAAUUACGUUGUUGAUGUUGAAGACUGGACAUUUAACACGCAUCCAGCUCGCUUUGUCACCACAUUAAGUAAACAAUGAAAGUAGUAACGACUUGGACUACAAACACAGAAGUGAUCGGCUGCAGAUUUUAGGUUUCAAACUCUACACCCCAGUCUUCCCCACUCGAGAGUGUUUCUUCAUCUCGGAGACUAAAUGCAACUGGACCAGGGGGCUUGUGGUUAUGAAGUGGCUGGGCGAAUCCAAGAACAUGGUAUUAAAUGGCAGACGACCCGGCAACAAGUUGACCAGCGAGCAGCCUGUGAGCCAGAGCCAGACCCGCUCUCAGCAUCCUCAGCGAUCGUCUCUGCGUCACUCUCGAAACCGAAACCGCAGAUGUAGCCGCAGGUUCAGUGCAGCCAAUUUGGAGGCAGAGAGGCGCUAUGUGCCCUCCUCAGGAAUGACUGCCAAGGAGCUUUGUGAGAACGAUGACCUGACAACCAGUCUCAUCCUGGACCCGUACCUCGGCUUUCAGACUCACAAGAUGAACACCAGAUUUCGACCUGUCAAGGGAAGACAAGAGGAGCUGAAGGAGGUGAUCGAGCGCUUCAAGAAACACGACAACUUGGACAAAGCUUUUCGAGCUCUGACGUCCGGAGACUGGGCGCGAAAUCUUUUUCUCCACAAGACGAAAGCUCAAGAGAAGCUCUUCAAACAGCAUGUGUUUGUGUAUCUGCGGAUGUUUGCCACUGACAGCGGCUUUGAGAUUCUCCCGUGUAAUCGCUAUUCAUCGGAGCAAAACGGCGCCAAAAUCGUGGCAACCAAAGAAUGGAAAAGAAAUGAUAAGAUCGAGUACCUGGUGGGCUGCAUCGCAGAGCUGUCGGAGAGCGAGGAGAACAUGCUACUGCGGCACGGCGAGAACGACUUCAGCGUCAUGUACUCAACACGCAAGAACUGUGCUCAGCUGUGGCUGGGGCCGGCUGCGUUCAUCAAUCACGAUUGUCGGCCAAACUGCAAGUUUGUGUCGACGGGGCGGGACACAGCCUGCGUCAAGGUCCUGAGGGACAUCGAACCCGGAGAGGAAAUCUCUUGUUACUACGGCGACGGAUUCUUUGGGGAAAAUAAUGAAUUUUGUGAAUGCUAUACGUGUGAACGACGGGGCACCGGGGCUUUCAAAUCCAAAGCUGGGCUGCCGGUGGAAGUGCCGGUGAUCAACAGCAAGUACGGGUUACGUGAGACAGACAAACGUCUCAACAGGCUGAAGAAGCUCGGCGAGGGAAACCCGAGCUCGGACAGUCACUCUGUCGGCUCCCACACGGACGUAGACUCUCAGGAAAUGCCAAAAACACAUCAAUCUGCCAGAAAAAGAUCUUCAUCCUCCUCGUCCUCUGGCCUGAAGUAUAAAAACAGGACUCAAUCCAGACAGACUUUGAACAGAGCCCUAACUACCUCAUGUUCCAAACAAGGUCGAGUUCACAAUAACAGGGUACCAAAGAGACUCAAAUCCCAAUCCAAGCCUUCACUAAGUAAAGUCCAGUUGCGGAGUCGCAGGCGGGGGGCGGAGCCUAAGGCCUUGGCCAAAGGGGAGACUCUUCAGCUGGGUCUCAGGGACUCAAAGGUGUCGCUGUGUAAAAGUGUCACCGUGAAGAAGGAGAGGGACGGACAGGAGCUGGUGCAGCGGGGCUGCCUCACCCGGCACGCUGCAAAGGAAAACGGAAAUCUGUCCCACGUGCAGAGCAGCCACUGCUCCACCUACAGAACUCGCAGGUCCACACGGACCCUCAUUAAAGCCCAGGAAACAGCAGGGGGCGUCAAACUGGAGCCCAGUGCCAUGGAUGGCCUGAGCCCGGUCCCUGGUGGUGUGGUCAUAAAAACAGAGCCGGCGGACAUGGAGGAAUACCUCCACCAUGGCGUCACACUGGAGCAGCCGGCGCUAGACUCUGGCUAUGCCCAGAGAGGCUCGUGCAGGCGAAAACGUCUGACACGGCCCGGGGCAGAGAGGACGAUUAAAUGUGAGGACUCGUACGUCGAGCCUUUCAUGCCGAUGGCUGCUGGGCAUGCCCCAAACUUUUCAGACUGUGGGAAUGUUCUGCUAGGCUUUGCCGACAGACACAGGGACUACAACGGGGUCGCCAACGGCAGCAAAUCCCUACGCAGGGACAAAGGUAAGAGCAGCUGCAGGUCGCAGGACAAGGGGAAGAAGAAACGUCGCAUCACACGAUACGACGCUCAGCUGAUCCUGGAGAACAGCACGGGAAUCCCCAAACUGACGCUCCGCCGGCGGAGGGACAGCAGCAGCAGCAAGACCAACGACGCCAGCGACUCCAUCGGCUCCUCUAACCUCUCAGCCUCCGCCGUCAACUCGGCCUCUUCCAGCAAAAUCAGCAUCAAGUUCAGCAAGGACCACGACAAGGACAAAGGCAGCUCGUACAUCGCCAAGCUGAAUAAUGGCUAUAACCCCGGCGUGCACAGCAACUCGACCAAGCUGAAGAUCCAGCUGAAGAGAGAGGACGAUGCACGCAGGAUAUCCCAGUCUAACGGGGACAUGAGCCAGAGUCUGGAGGCCAGGAAUGGGGGACAUCGGACCCAAAAGGUCCUGCCGGAGCCCUCGUCUGAGGAGGACGAUGAUGACGAGGACGAGGAUGAGGAUGAGGAUGAGGAUGAGGAAGGAGACGACGACGACGACGACGAUGAUGAUGAUGAUUACUUCGACAACGAGUUUGACGAUGAUUUCAUUCCGCUCCCUCCGGCGAAGCGGCUCCGACUCAUUGUGGGCAAAGACUCGAUAGACAUCGAUAUCUCCUCCAGGAGGAGAGAGGAUCAGUCACUGCGGCUCAAUGCAUAAGCUGUGGAGCUCAUCACUCCAGCUCCCUGUAAAUAACGAUGACUCUGAUCAACCGUGCGUUGAUGUAAAACAAGUACAGUAAUUUAAAAACACAAAAAAAUUGCUGAAAAAUAAAAAGGAACCUGAAUGAACGUUACUAGAAGGUGCUGUUGACCUGAAACAAAUCUCAGUUUUUCACUUCAGGCGAAUAUUUAAAUCAAGUUUAUAAAAAAAGAGAACGACACUUCGGAGCCAAAGUCCUCCAGUCCACGUCCCUGAUGUUUGAUCAGCACAAUCCACUUCUUAUCGCCCGGAGCAUGUGAAAAACGAGCGUUUGUUUCAGGUCCAACGCUCCCUUCAGUGAAUGCACUUGUUAUAUUCAUAAUGGACAUGGAUAUUGUAGAAAGUGUACAGUAUGGUGACUAUUCCCUCUGUCUCAUAGGCAGGUUUUUAUUGAACUGUUGAUUUCUUUUGUCUCAUAGUUUGUAAUGUGUGUGUGACAGACCGUGCUGAACUCAGCAUGGUGUGUGGUUGGUCCAGAGGCAUUAUAACAGGAUCAGGUGCCAUGUUCUCUUUAUAACAGCAGUGUCCCUCGCUCAUCAACUGUCAAAACAACUUCCUGUGUACGUUCAUCACGUGUGUGUCUGUAGAGUUCAAUCAUGAUCAAAUCUGUGCCAUCAUGUUUUUUAUGAUUUAUACGCACCAAAGCCACGGCUCGCUGAUGUCGCUUAAAGGAAACGGACCUGUCGGCUGUCCGCCGGACAUGUCUGCAGCAUGUAGAGCGACGGCGUGUGCUUCGUCUGCCUGCCGUGUUCACACACUCACAACAUGACAGAUCUUUUUUUUUUUUUACAGCCAAUAAAAUCUCAGCAGUUCUCUUCACUGCUCUGUAAAUAAAUGGAUGAAACUAAGCUGCAGAAUUACACCGAUCAAAGCACACAAAGUUUACUGUUCAGUGACAUAGAAUCAGAAAUGGACCAGCGUGUGCGUGCGUUUGAGGAGCUGCUGUGUAACGGGAACAUGGCACAUCGAGGGGUGUAUCAGGAAGCGAGAUGUAGUCGGAGUUUUCAGUGUCACGAAGCUGGCUCUAUUUUGAUCACCAUGGUAACCGACUCCAAACUCAGAGUAGUUAGGGCUUUAAACUGUCGGCCGAAGGUGACCUAGAGGUUGGUGCACGCGCCCCAUGUACAGAGAGGCUGGCGUCCUCAGGAGCUGGUGGCCCGGGUUAAAGUCCAGCCGGUGGCUCCUUUCCCGCGUGGCAUUCCCCUCUCUCUCUUUCUCUCUCUUCCCCUCGCUCUCUCUCUCCCUCUCUUUCCCUCCCUCUACAAAGCCGUGCAGAUCUACGUUUCAGCAGAUCGCCCCCCACAGCGAGAGAGCAACGAGGUCACGGCAUCUUGAGAAACACGUGUUUUUAUUUCUGUUAAUAAUCUAAAAAGUGUGUUUUAGACAGCGUUUACAACGACACACGGAUUAGUCUCCAGGGAUCAAUGAAUUAAUUUGUCUUUGAAUUAGCUGAAUCAUUAAGUCAUUUCUAUGAAAUUGAUGAUUGGCACGCUGAGUUUUACAAGAAGGUCGACCGUUUGUUUGAUGGCAGAAUCAAAUAAUUAAUAUUCAAAUGACACAAGAACUUAAUGCAGUGUCGCUCUCCUUCAGAGCAGCAGCAGAGAUGUUUCUGCAGACGAGACGUCUUCAGUCUCGCAGAGAGACGGUCGGUGACAAAGCGCCGCCAAAUAACGCUAAACGCUUCCUUUUCUGUGAAGCUGGAGGCAGAAAGAGUUAACAGGGAAUGAGCAGCUUCCUGAUACUCGGUGUCUCUGACGGCAGCUUCAGGAUUCACCCCUCUGGACUUUGAACCUUUCUAAACAAACCAAUCCCCUCAUAAAGGCUUCCUGUUUCAGAUAUCAAAGUAAUGUAAUCUCCCUCCACACGACAGCACAGUUAUCACCUUCAUCUAAAGUAUUUGAAUCAUGUCAAAGUGGGUCGACACUAGAGUGUGAGAAGGAGAAUCACAGUGUGAACUAUUCUAACUUGUAAUCAUGUUUUCUUUUCUCUACGGUGCUAAUUUAGUUUCCUCACCUCCUGUGUGACCUGAACUGUUCUGUUAGACAGAGGCAGCGUUCGACCUCUGUUGAAUACACGUUCUAUCAGCUGUAGCAUACAAACCAUUUCUCUUUGUUUUUUCUUUACAGGUGCUCACACACGUCUGUUUGUCAUUUCUGUUCAUCACGCAGCAUUAGGUGCCUUAACGCAGAGCUCUCUGACACAUUCAGAUCAAACACCCCCCACCCCCACCCCCACCCCCACCCCAAUCACAGACUGCGCCCGGCGUCAGUCCUCCUGUAUAUUAUUUAAGCUUUGAUUUAUGAAGUCAACCACCUGUUCAAGGGAUCAACUGAGACUGAAUCUUAACCCACUUCCCCCGUGUUGAUACGUACUGUUCAUAUCACCAGCAGCUAAUCGCCGUUCUGCCCCCGGCUCGGUCUGUCCCCUCCCUCGUCGGACGUCUCCAUCCUACACUGUAAGCUGUUUCAGGUGUAACGUCUCUGUGCUCUUUGUCCCAUAGACAGCUGUCCAGACCCCCCACUGAUUCAAAAAGUGAAAAAAUAAAAUAAAAAAUCAAAUGUGAAUAGUUUGCGGACGUGUUAGCGUGUUGCGUGGGUAGUGGGACACAUGUAAAGAGAAUUAAAAUGGGCGGUGCAUAUAUUGUCCCAUAUGUAAAUCAUUUGAACACAUCUUGUACUUAUUUAACAGUUUUGAAUACUUGAAGACUAUAUAAAGUUUCUUUGUGA